ACUAGUAAAGCUAUAAUUAUGUGUGUACAGAGAAAGAACUAAAUUAUCAAGUGUUUUAAAUUUCUAUUCAAUAUCCCUUUCUACAGAUCGAUAUACUGGCGACGUAGCAUCAAAAAAUUCGUAUCACAAGUAACGAAAUUAACAAGCUGCCUCAUAGUAGAUCUUAAAAGCUUUUGUUUAUCGAAAUAGGUAAACAACAACUGAAAAAACUGGAUGAUUUGAGCGUACCUACCACGAUCGCCAUUACUAUGGGCAUUAUUAAAUUAACGGUGCAAAGUGUGUGACUGUGUCAAUGAGUAAUUCGUGUAGGAGUAUCCCAUCUUAAAGGUUUGCUAAUUUAUUUGUAAAAAGAACAUCAUUUUCUUUCAAUUUUGGCGGGAGUCCUGGCACGUUGUAUCGCGGUUGUCGAAUGGUGACGAUCUGUCACCUGUCGCCCCCUGGCCUCGUCGACGCCGAUAUAAGUUCAUGUUUCAGUGGUUCUCAGUAAAAUUAGCAGUGCAAUAGUGAAAUUCCUGGUGCGAAAUCCAUGUGGACAUUCGACGAUGCGUCGCGAUUAGGCGGGUCGGAUAUGGAUAGUAGGCGAGCGUGCCCAAGCUACGAAGCCGGGUUAGACGUAUGUGAUCCCUUGGGGUCGGUGCUGGAUUGGUCUGGUCGGGAGCCAGCGCGCAUACUGCGUCGUCGCUGUCGCAGCGAAGGCGUAGACCGCUCGCCGUACGAGGAUGUGAGUCGCGAGGCGAACCGCUCCGCGGAUGGUAACUGUCGAUAUCACCGUGCCCUGCCCAACAAGAGCCAUUUCACGCUGAAUACCAGCGAGCCGCAUUACACGGCCGCGCGGUUUCGCCACGAGUGCCUGCUGCCCGCCGCCGAGAACGGCGACUACGUCAUGGCCCACGAGCAGGACAGGUACCAUGGUUACCAGCCAGGAAGAUCAAAAUUAUACCGGAAAAGCCCAACUAGACCUUUAUUAGUUACAACACUAUCCAAUACUAAAGUGGAUGACCGUUUGCCAAAAGUUGAGGAACUACUAGAGAAAGUUGAUCAUGAAAUGAUGGAGGUGCAAGCAACAAAACAGCCUUUGAAAUCAAUACUCAAUAACCCCUUACCAAGUUCACCUCUGCAUGGAAUACUCAAAAAGCCCAAGAACAAACCACACCUAGACCCUAAAGCUGCCCUAGAGGGCCGCAGAAGACAGCGAGCAGCUAGCGAGUCUGACAACUUAUACUGCAACUAUAGUUUUGGUUCUCCAGUACCGGGAUAUGAUAACCGUCUGAACUACUUAUCGGCGACCACAAAACGUGCCAAAGACAACUCAGGCAUCGGGUACUCCUACGGUUCAGCAGUCGCCAGCCUCGGGAACACAGCUUGUAAGAGCCCCACCAGAACUCCUUCCAGUGCCAGCUCCAAGUCGAGGCAACGGAAGGAUAUACUCGUGAUAAAGGACAAUAAUGACCAUGAUAUGCAUUUGUUGAGGACAACAGCUAUCAAUGAGACCGUUCAUGUUGAACCUAUGAUGGAUUUGGGUUCUUGCCAAUUGGACAUUUCGAGUCGGUGCGGCUCCGGGACGACAACAGCGCGCUUGUCGUCCGGGCUCCGGACGUGUCGUGUCAAUAGUGCGCCCGCCGGACAUGUCGAACCGACCCGAAACGGCCAAAUUCCUCGCCAAGACACGCUCACACCCACAUGCCCAGCGGUGAGUCCGGCCCUCCCAGUCAGUUCGGGUACCACGAUACCCGUACCCAAGAAAGCUGUGAAGAUCAAGAAGAAAAUCAAAGUAACGACCAAGACCAAAGCCAAGAUGAAGUCGGGGAGCCAGACUGAUUGCUGUGGCGUUGAGUUGGAGACUGAGGACGCUCACAGCAGAUCGCCAUCACCAGAUGCUUUAACAGACUACUGGCAAAUGGAAACGGACGCAGCGUUAGCCGAAAUGGAGAAACAGGACAAGCCGGCCCUCCCCUCCACUUUGUCUAAAAAAGAGGAAGAAAACCACGUGCUGGUCACGAAACUGACCACCAAACUCAAUGGGACGGCUGUUACUGCUGCUAAGAAAAUACCUCUGAAAGAGAAAGUAUCGAAGGAGCAAAUGUUUCUGACAGCUUUGCACACAACCAACCCGUUCAAAUCCAUGCCGACACGCAAAGAUUCACCAAUUCACCUUCCGGAAUCAGUAACGAACUGUCUCCGGCCGUCCCUCUUCCCUCGCGUGCCUCCGUACCUCAAGUUCAUAGGACACGACGAGAGUCCCUGCCUGAAGAUACCCCUGCCCAUACAGAAGCAUCUCAAGUGGAAACUGACUGCAAUCACACCGAUAGUCGUGAAGAAAACCUUGACCAAUUCUGGGUUUCGCCUGGUUAAAAGCGAGUGUGAUACGGCUGAAUGUCCUCAGGAAGAAACAAUAGAAUGGAUUGGCAUAUGGGGCAAGCAUAUGAAGUCGAUAAUGUUCAGAGCGAUCAAGGACGGACAGAAAAUGAACCAUUUCCCGGGCACGUUUCAAAUCGGUAGAAAAGACCGGUUAUGGAGGAAUUUACAGAAAUUGGUAUCGAAAUACGGUAUCAAUGAGUUCGGUAUAAUGCCCAAGACGUAUGUCUUGCCUCAUGAUCUGAAGUUGCUGAAACACGACUGGGAGAAGUAUGCAGCUAAUAAUGAACGGUGGAUUAUUAAACCGCCAGCCUCAGCCCGCGGCACAGGCAUAAAGGUAGUCUCGAAAUGGACACAAAUACCCAAGAAGCGGCCGGUGGUUGUUCAACGGUAUGUGUCCAAGCCGUACCUUAUAAACGGCAACAAGUUCGAUCUCAGGCUGUAUGUGCUCGUCACGUCAGUGCACCCGCUCAGGAUAUAUCUGUAUAAGGAUGGAUUGGCCAGAUUUGCUUCAGUGAAGUACAAUGAUGAGUUAGCAUUUUUGAACGAUAGGUAUAUGCACUUAACAAACUACUCAAUCAAUAGAUUGUCAAAGAAUUACACGCCCAAUGAAGACUUCGCAGCCUGCGAGGGACAUAAAUGGACUCUUCAAACCCUAUUACAAUACUUAAAAUCAGAAAAGCGCGUGGACAUAGACAGUCUAUGGGAGGCCAUGAAGGACCUUGUCAUUAAGACUAUCAUCUCCGGAGAGGCCAGCAUCAGUUCGUUAACUAAAGCGAAUAUAACUUCCCGGUAUAACUGUUACGAGUUGUUUGGCAUAGAUGUCUUGUUGGAUGAAGAUCUUAAGCCUUGGUUGUUGGAGGUGAACAUAUCGCCGAGCCUGCACAGCGCGUCGCCGCUGGACAUCCACGUGAAGGGCCCGCUGGUGGCCACCGUGCUCAACAUCGCGCAGUUCCAGGUGCCGCUCAAGACCAACCUCGACAUGCUCAGCAAGGAGAAGCCGCAGAAACUCGCCGGGUUGCCAUACGAUAGUCGGUUAUACACUGUGUACCUGUCUAAAGAAGAAAGAGACAAACAUAUCAUUUAUACUAAUAUGGAAGAACGGGAUAUGUAUCUUCGCGACAUCCUCUCAACAUUGACGCCCGACGAUGUCCGUCACCUCAUACAAUCGGAAGACGAGUUGACGCAGUCCGGUGAUAUGGAACGCAUAUUCCCGACGCCUGAGACACACAAGUACCUCGGGUUUCUAGCGGGGCCGCGGUAUUAUAAUCGCCUGUUCGAUGCCUGGGAGUCGCGGUAUGGCAAGAAUAGGGAGCCUGGCUUGGAGCUGCUGCGCAACCUGUGCGACAUCGGCUACCACCUGGAGGUGCCGCCCGUGCCGCUCAAGCAGCUGAGCGCGUUGGAUGGUUGCAGAAUGACGUGGACGCGCCGUCGCCGGCCGCGUCGGAGCGCGCGUCCGUGCCGUCCGUGGCGUCGCUGGAGCACGGCGCCAGCGCCUGCAGCCUGGCGGCCGCCGCGCCCGCGCCCGCGCCGCCCGCGCUCGAGCCCCGCGCCUAGCGCCGCCGCCCCGCGCUGCUGAUCGUGUGCUCUGGCCGCGCUAGCUCCGCGACUCGAACCUUGUCGUCCUAAUAGUUGCCGUUAUAGAGUGUGACCGAUGUGUUUCGACAACUUUGAUGCUGUCGCUUUGUGUAGAUGAGUUGGUGCUCGACCGUUUGUCGUAGUGAAGAUUAUAUUUAAUGUUCGACGGACGCGCGACGACCAUCUGGAGUCGGCCGGGGGCCGGCGGUCCGCUCAGAGUUGUCGACCGAUAUGUGUUAGUUCUCCAGUCUUUGUCGUCGUAUUCUUGACUCGAUAUUACUCAAAUCACAUUCCUGCUCAUGACCUUUUCACUAAUUAUGGUAUAUACCUAAUUCAAAAAAAAGUUGCAAGUUACUAAAUCUGAAAAAUAUAGAAAAACUUGUUGUAAAAUUUUGGACAGCAGUGAUAAAAAUAUCAGUGUUCAAAAUUACAAGCCCGUGAACUGUAGGCAUUUAUAGUUGGCUAAUAUUUACGUAAUUAUAGUUUUAAGAAUGAAGUCUGCGUAAGACGGGCUCAAUUUGAAUGUCUACAUUAGUGGGUGAAAAGGAAAGCGGAGAAAAUUUUAAGUAUUUAUAAGAAAAUGUAGCCUUAUCUACCUAUUUGUUUUAGGAUGAUUGAAAUAAAAUUUCUGAUAUGCUUAUUCAGUACAAAUUGUAAUGUUGCAUGCAAUAAAUGGGGCGGUAAAUAUCACGAAUAACAUUUAUUCGUAUCGCCAAGCUUACUUCUGAAUAUUGGGGUUUUACGUGAUAACCAAAGCAUUCAGAAACUAUAUUUUAGUCAGUAUUCCGAGACUGAUAGAAAUCUUUAGUGUUAAUUCAUAUUUUAAUUUUGUUUUAAUGAUCUAUUUAACUUUGUACGUUCUAUCAGUCUUACAGCUGUGUACGCCCAGGUAAACUUUGUAAAACAUAUUGAUUUAAAAAUUGAAUUGUAUAAAAUUAAACAAAAAAUAAAUUCUCAAGGCUUGAAUGGUCUGCUUGAUCAGUUUAUCCUGCGUGUAUAUAGCCGAUCAUCACGAACGUUCCUUCUAAGGUUAACGUGAAUAACGUUAUUGGAGGAUUCUUUAAGUAAUGUAGGUAAUUCCCUAUUUACAAUGUGUUCAUUGUAUACCUAGAGUUUGCUAGUUUAGCGCGUAAAAGCUCGUACCGUCUUCGAGUCGUGUUCAAAGUAAUAAAGAAUCGAUGAAAUUUGAUGUAUAUAAUCUUUUAUUGUAAUCGAUUUGUGAGUAGUUACGAUUAUAUUUCCAUUCCUUUUUAAGAAAAGUUUAUAUAACAUUAUUCCCAUUGACGAUUAUGAAACGUAACCAGUGUAUUUUUUUGACAUCAUAAAUUAGUUGUUUCUUUACGAAUACAAGUUAUUGUAAUUACUAAAUUAUUUUCAGUGUAACAAUAAAUCGGUUGACACUU